UACUUCCCAGCACCCUCCCUGGGGCAGUUUUACAGAGCUCAUCUAAAAAUUUGUAGAACUUCCUUGAUUUCUGGGUUGUGAGCCUGUGAUCAUCUUGGGAUAAGCUUUAAAAGUAUUUUGAAAUAAUUUUUAAAAACAAAUAGCUCUUAGGGAUUUUGUCUUGGGAAAAUCUGUGUGUGCCACUCAUGUCGUGAUGCCAGGAUUGGAUCCUAACAGUGUGCAACGUUUGCUCUGAUUCUUUACAAAGAGAGAUAAAUUUUAAUUCACAGGUCCUGGUGUUGUUCCAAAAUAAUUCUGAAGAAUUAUUAUGAGAAAUGAGCUUUCAAGGAGAACAAUUGAGCAGGUUUGGUGUUUUCUUGUGUCAGACAUACCUGCAACAUGUUAGAAACACAUCCUCAUCCUUUGUUCUGAACGAAGGCCAUGCCUAUAGAGGUUGAAAUUGGAAAGAAGAUAAUUGAAUGGUACCAUGCAUAGUCUGGCUUCUUACAGCAAAAUUUCAGAUAUAUUUGAAGUGGGAUUUAAGUAUAUGGUAGAGUAGGUUGAGCAUAGGGAUGUGUCUUCUAAACUUUUCCACUCUCAUCUAUCUGUCCAUGCUAGAGUUGUAUUCAGUGUUCAACAUUGGUUUUGCUGAAUUACCUUGAAAAUUUUCCCCAAACCACUGUGAAGAUUCAUCAUAUACCCCUCAAGAGCCUUUAGUGGGUUCCCCCUACAAUCUCAGUGCUAAGGAGUCCCUGAGGAAUUCCCACUUUCAGCAAAGGUGGUUUGAUUUCUUUUUGUCUCAGGUAAAUUCAAGCAGAGGUUGGAUGGGCAGGCCAGAAGGAAACAAUGAAGCAUCUCCAAAGCCUUUUGGUGGUUUGAACAAAAACCCCAGCUUUUGUAGGACUGUCAUUGCUCUUGUAUUCCUAACUAAAAUCAAGAUGGUAGUAGUUCUCCCCAAGUAGCCCUGGCUACAGCCUUUAUUGCUUAUGCAGGGGAUGCAGACCACCUAGCUGGCAGAGAGGAUACCUCCAGGGACUGGUGUCUUCCAGAGCUUUGAAAACUUUGGUUUUCCUGGUUCAGUUGACUGACAGGCAGGGGUGCAUGCUCUGUUCCAACUUGCAACAGUGUGAACUCCAGGAUUUGGUCUGACCUUACAAGACCAUUCAAGCCUUCAUCUGAAAUGAGGUGUUUUGCUUAGGGGGAGAAGAAUAAGGACCUUGGAUGAGGCUUUUUAAGUCAUUUAGAGCCCAGCUAGAUCAGGGGUUGUGUAGUCAUGUUUGCACAUUUCACCACUUUCAAGCUGCUGACAAAUCCAGCCAUGCAUGACCCUGGAUACCUCUGUUUCUUCCAGCCAUAGGCAGCAAAUAUCUGCAACACAGGUUUAUCCCCCACUCAUGUAGGGGAUGAAGCCAUGGGGUCAGCUGUCCUCUUUCCACUACAUGCUAUGUUAGUUCCAUGCAAGGCUGGGCAAGGAUUUGUCUUACCCUUGUGUGCAGGGAAACUGUAUCUGGGAUGUGCAAGGUUUUACAGACACAUGCUUUGCCCUUUUCUAGUUGCUCUAUACAGAAACACGCGCUAGCAGGAACACUGGAUACACAUCCGUGUUUUGUUUGUGCUGUGUGUAGCUUUGUUGGAAGGCUGAAUGACAGAGAGAUUCUUGUUACAUUGUGUUGCUGGUGGUCUCCUGAAUGCUUGAGAUUUAUAAAUCAGGCAAUUGUUUGAUUCUGACACAGGAAAAUGUUUUGGUAAAGGCAGAAGCUUGAGACUAGCUGAAAAUGUCUGGGACUCCCAUUGUGUGCAGAAUGUAAUGUGUGCAGAGGAAAUCUGCAGCAUUCCUACAGCAAACCACAACAAGAAGCUCCAUACAGCCCCAAUCAGUCACAAUUCUCAUAUAAAUUAUAACGGCCUAAAUGUUAUUUAAAUGAUAAACAGCUUUUGCAUUCCAGACAUUGCUGCAAUUCCAGGAGGUGGCUGCGCAAUACCAGCUGAAUGAAAUAUUGCACGUUGCAGGCAAAGUAUGAGGCUCUAUUUGUGUGUGCAUCCGGAUUUGUCACUUCUAGCAUAUUCUUUGGCUGUGAACCUUGGACUCCCAAUGCACUGUGUGUAUCUUGGAGCCCAGGGCUCCAUCCAUUAUCCAGCAGCGAGUUGUCUGAAGACUGGGCAUGCCAACAUGCCAGGAAGCUGAAGACACAACCACAGAGGCAGCAGAAGCAUUCAUUGAUUCUGCGCUGUCACCACGGCUUAUUAGUGUGUGGAGCUUUGCCUGGACCCUGCUCAGCAGCUGAUGGAAUAACCAGACCUUCAUCACAGUUUCCUACACAGAUGGACAGGUCACACUUCCUUAAAACAAGUGUGGCUUGUGGAAGAAGAAUGUCAAGUCCGGGGGAGACAAUCAUUUGCCCAGCAGCGAGGUCAUGCAGCAGACCUGGGCUUUCACUAAAGGUCAUCUAAUUCUUGCUGAUUCUUCAAUGUUCUGGCAUAACAGACUGGAGGCAUUUGCUGUUUUUUGAUGUCCCUGCUUGAAGGAGAAGCAGCCCAGCAGCCCUUCUGCACUGCAUGGCAACAGCUCAUUGAAACUUGAGGGGUUUCUGUUUGCUCGGGAGAUUCUGGGUAGGGAGAUGAUCCAGAGGUGAGUUCUCUGGCUGAGCUGAAAUCAUCCUACACAAGGUGGCACUCAGUGUGAGCAGGCACAGGAGACUCCUGCCCUGGUGAGGUCCUGCUGGAGCCCAGGAGACUGGAUGGGUACAAAGAACUGAGUUUUUCUUCCUAUUUGGUCAUGUUAUUUUUGGUGUAACUCUCCUGAAUUCAGGCCACAGGAUUUUUCCAAAACUCUUUUACAAUUGACACAGUCUCUGUCUCAUCUGCAUGUUCUGUUGUCAAAUUCCAAUAUUCAGAAAUGUUCUCUUUUAAUUUUUCCAGAAUAUUAGAAGAAACUGCCCUGUGGUUAAACAAGGGAACCAAAGGAUGAUUGAAUCUGACUCCAGCCUCUUCCACAGACUUCCUCUGUUUUCAGGGAAGUCAUUAAACCCCUCUGUCUGUUAGAAUCCCAUCUGCAAGACAAGGAGGAUUUAAUACUUUUCCCUCUUCUGAGUCUCAACCUCUUUUUGUGUUUACAGGGCACCAAACAGGGCCUCAAUAUUAGUUGGAGCUUUGGGAGUUUACCAUUAAAAAGUUAAUAAUAACCAGCCAUAUUUCAUAGAAUCACAGAAUGCUUUGUGUUGGAAAGGACCUUUCAGAUGAAAUGUGAUUUGCAGUUUAAUAUGCUAAGUAACAAAGGCUUUACCAAGAGAAUGAACAAUAGGCUUUUCCAUUUCACAAAAUAAUUUGCUAGGCAUAAUAAAUACACCAGCAUUUUUAUAAAAACGAAUUAUAAAUAAUUGCUUUUUGCUAUUUAAUACACAGAUAGAAAAAGCCAAAAAAAUACAGCAGCCACCAGGAAUCUGAUUUCAUUGUCAAUUUGGACUGUCUCUGCAGUUUUUAUGAAAAUCCCUGAAGACUGUGCUAUUUUUUAAACUAAACAUGGCUGGUUUGGUUGGGUUUUUUUUGCUGGCCAUGUGAAGUCUUUUUCCGUUCAUUAGUGAGCUGCUUUUUUCAUGGACACAAUUAGACAAAGGAAUAAAUCAGUCAACAAACUUGGGAUACAAUUUUGGCAGUACCAGGCCAUCUAUGCUCUUAUUUGCUUAACUGUAUAAAUCUUUCACCAGAAUACAAAUGAGGCCCAUUCCCUUGGUCUUGGGGUCGGGGAAAGAGAGGGAUCAGGCCAGAUCCUGCAGAUUUGAUGAUUACCACCGACCAUGGCUGGUGUUAACCCGUUUCCCUCAUUACAGCCGUUCAGCAUUCCCACUAUUGAGGAAUCACUCUGAGAUAAUUCUUCCAUUUCCUUUCUCAUAUUACAGAGUUUAAGAAACAUCCCCAGGACAAUGGCUCCCUGAGGACUGUGUCUCUGUGAAGGGCUGUUAUGUCUCUCCUUGUCUGAAUGUCUGCCUGCCUCACUGUUUUUGGUGAGGUGGCCUCUCAAUGCUCUUCCAAAGAGAGGAAGGGUUAUCUCUGCUGCUUCUUGGGCAGGGAGAUGAGGUAUGUUCAUAAUGAUUCAUCUCGCACCUCAUGUCCCUCCUGGCACCCCCAGUACACAGCACACAAAGGUGCUGUUUCUCUUUGCAAGGAGAAAUGAAGGUUUUGCUGGCGACAAGAGGCAGUGAUUCCCUCCCUGGCAUUCCCAGCCAGCUGUCAUGCUUGCCAUGGCUAUGGAUGCGUACCCACAAGGGCAGGGAUUUGUGACUGAUCUAUGCUGGAGCAGGAUUUGCUUUAUCCCACUGAUUUUUUGUGUAGCUGAAGAGACCGACCAGUUUAAAUUUGUAGAGGAUUGAGGCCUGAGAGAUGCCCCUCAUUUCUGGGUAAUACAUUUGCAUUUUCAUCCCUCUUCAAGGUUCUUUUGAGGCUGUAAAGCUUGUUUUGACCCUCUGCAGACUCCCACCCAGGGGACCUUGUAUUCCUCCAGAUCAUAUCAGGCUCCCUCUCUGAAAAAAUACAAGGCCAGCGAAGGAUUUGAGAUUUAUUUCCCCCCAGUUUAUCAUUUUCCAACCAACAUUUUCAACUUGCGCUAUUGAUGUGGGUGGAUUUUCCUUCCCUAUGCAUGUGCUAGCCUUGCUUCCCAUUCCAGUAAUUUAAAAAAAAAAAAUCUGCCCAAGUAACAUAAACAGUGAGCCUUUAUGAUUUUAAAAGAUGUUCUCAGGUUUCCUGCUCUAUUUUUUUCAGAGAUCACCAGAUAAAUAGGGCUCAGGAAAGAUAUACCAGGAAGGGCAACUAUAAAUACUCCAAAAUUGCUGAGAAUAAGUGUCCAGGCUUAAUGCAUAACUAAUGGACUGAUCUGCAAUUUUACCACAAGAUAUUUAUCUCCUUGCUUGUUUUCAUGGUAGUCUCCCUGAAAUAUAUGUCUAUUCAAAGUUUAUUUAUCCUACCCAAGAAAAUUCAUUUCCUCUUCAUAACCUUUCCUCCCCAGUUUCAAAAUUAAUUUUGUGUUUCAAAGAUGGCUUGUCUGUGACUGAGUGCUACCCAUGGUGUAGGCUAUAACUGAGCCAGAAGGAGCCUUUAGAUAAAAAUGCAGUGCCAGCUUAUGCCAUCUGUCAUUAGUGGUGCAUUAUCACUACAGGUAUAAAUGAGCUGGCCCCGAGCUGCAUGGCUGCAAAUGUGAUGUUCAGCAGAGCAUAGCUGGGAACAGGGUUAAUCUUCAUCAUACUUAGGCUCCUGCAGACAUUUUCAGUCAGACUUCUCACUCAGGGGAGGAGGAGAAUCUGCCUUGUGUCGUUCACACUGGCUAUAUUUCCAUCAGUGCUCCUGCUGCCACAUUCAGCCCUUAGACCGACUGAUUCAUGGGGCAAGAGUCUAAAAAUCAGGUGCUGAAAGUCAGGGAAGUCCCAGUUCCUGUGCAGAAGACCUUGCAAGAGGAUACUGAGAUGCUUUGAGGCUGCCAGCAUCUUGGCCAGGUUUGGAGAAUACAGCUCAUCCCUGCAUCCUUGGGGCCAGGGCAGCAUGGACAUGACCUGGCUCAUGACUUGCAAAGAUGGCUUAAAACUGCCACCUUCUUGCCUUUGUCCUGUGUGGGUCAAAGUGCUGGGAUGGGGAGAGAAAUUAUCCUGCCCGAGGAGACUACGGCUAGAAGAGGAUCACCUAGCUGGGCCCAGGGCACUUCCUUACUUGCAGCCUGAUCUGGGAUGCUAAGGAGCAGGCUUGGGUGCUGAGUCAUCCAGGGGUGUACAGGAACUGACGAUCAGAGCUUAUUCUCCACGGACCUCUCCACACCAGGCACCAAGUUUAGCUUCCUGCUUUUUAGAACUGUGCCUUUUGCCCCAGAGGCUGGAAAUUAAACUCUGUGGUUUUUCACUCCACUUCCCUUGUCAAUGCCAGUAAAAAGAAGCCAAAUCCAAGGGAGAGCAUGUGGCUGGCUAGCUGUUUGCACUGGCAGGACGAGGCUCCUAUCUGGUGGAGAGUGGCUGCAUCUGCAAGUCGUUGCUUCCCCGGUUGCCUUGCUGGGAUCUGUUUUCAGUUGCUGCUGAGACAAACUCACCAGUCAAAACAGUCCCAGGCAGGAAGGUUUCCUGUAAGCACUGUUUUACAUUGCAUUUGUAUGAGUCUCUUUUUUGGUUGUCUUGAAACAUCCAUAAACAGAGUUCUGUCAUUAAUUUUACUCUUCUAUUCAAUGAUAAUUUGUGCACUGUGUCUAUCCAGCACAAACCAGGGAGUGAUGAUAUUGGUACUGUAGUGAAGGACAUUCAAAGUGCAGGCGAAUCCAUUGUUUUGCUCUGAGAUGAACCAAAUGUUGAGCACUGAUCCUUUGCUAAGCUGGGAUACAUGCUGGGUAAUCGUCCUUGCUCAGUAACAAAUACAGAUUCUGGCAUCUUGUGAGCUGGAUCUGCUUGAGUGCCAGUAUUGCUGUAGGAAAGUCAUUUUUAAAGGUGCUUUUUUCACUCAUGCUCUGCGUUUGUGAAGGGUUGUUUCUGUGCAAUCUCCAGUGAUAUGGUACCCAACCCUUGUGAGAGAUUUAACCUUUAGAGUUCUCCCUCCUUUGCCAAGAGGUGGAGCCUGGCGGCCUUCAGCAAAUCCCAGAGCUCAGUGGUGAUAUGUUGAGCAUAAAGGUGUGCCCAGAGAUCUUACAGUUCACUCUCCCCGGGCUUGGUUGGAAUCCUAGAGCUCUGACAACCACUCCAGACCCAAGCCAGCAGACAUCUGUGUGUGUCUCUGUGUUGAUGUGUCUGUGUCAGCCUUCAUGGCGAGUCAAGACUCUGUUUCUGAGCAGAGGUGUUACUAAAUUAGGGGAACUGAAUGACAUGGUCAAGAUGCAGCACAAGAAAUUCAGAUUGGGCAGUAGGAAAAACUUCUUUCCCAGAUACUUAGAGAAGGGGCAAAUCUCUUUUCUUGGAGAUUUUCAAAGCUUGCCUAGAAAAAGCUACAGUUGAACUGAUGUGUUCAAGCAGCAGGGUGGAUGAGAUCUCCAGUUCCCUUCCUUCCAAAAGUUCUAUAAUUGUACAGAGUCAGAGCAUUGGAAUCUCUGCCUUCUUUUUCUCUUCAAAAUAAAGAUAAUCCUCAACCAGACUUCCAGGCUUCAACGAGUGAGAAAACAAACAAAUAAACCCCCAAGCAAACAAGCAAGCAGACUAACAAAUAAAACCCUAAGUAAACAAGCAAGCAAAUAACAAAACUCCCAAAGGCCAAAUAAGUCUUAUUUAUUUCAUUCCCCAGUCGGCAGUCAGCCUCAUGAUUUGUGUGGAUUUAAUACCUUUUUUUUUUUUUAAAUGUUUUUGACCUUGGCUGGUAAUCUGUAGUCUGAGUGGAGUCACAUGUGAACAUUUGCUAGCUCAGAAUUACUAUAAAUUUGCAGCACCUGGUAAAGGAUGGAAAAUGGCUCAAGUAAAGGUGUUGGUGAGAGGGGGUCUGACUGCAUAUAAGACUUGUGUUUGUUCUGGGAUCUGUAUAAACCUUCUGGAAUUGGAAAUAGCUGUUCUGCUGUAAGCUUCACUUGCAACCUCCAAAAGUAAAAGCAAAGUGCCUUUAAUAAAGAAUUAAAACAGUCAUCUCUCCUGAGCCACCAGAGGCAAUAGAAGUGAAGGAAGUGAAACAGUUAAAAGAGUUGAAGAGCUUAUCACAUGCUCUUGUUUGGGGCAAUGUUCACUUUCACUUCCCUGGGACACUCCAGCUGAUCUUUGUUGUGAUGGUGCUUGGGGCAGUGAGCCCACCUGGGACAAGGCUGAAGAACCAGAUCUGUGGUUUGAUGCAUGGUUAUUUUUGAUCCUGCCUAGCAAGUAAGCAAAGGGAAGAGGAGAAAAGAAAGAAAGAAACAUUAAAUCCACGGCAUGCUGGCUCAGCACCUUUCACACUGUAAGCUUUGAACUGUGCACACAACUUCUGCGCCUUAUCUAUGCUUCACGUUCUCAGCUAGGAAGUGCCUUCGUGUCGUUUCCCAGCCUGUCCUGCAACAAGUUAUUGUGCUGUGAGCAUUAUGAAUGCAAAAACCAGCUCUGAAGGUGAGGAAGAAGCCUCAGGAACGAGGAAUGAGACCCUGGGGAAGAGUGGCUACUUAGGAGAGGCCAAGAGGGGACAAGUGAUCCGUGUUGCCUAUGCGAUUGCAGCCCUAGACCUGACCUUUCUCUUCAUGCAGAUGGGAGUCAUGCCUUACUUGGCAAAGAGCCUAGGUUUGGAUUCAGUGGGGUUUGGCUACCUCCAGACAAUCUUCGGUGUCCUCCAGCUCGUGGGAGGUUACAUUUUUGGAAGGUUUGCAGAUCAAUUUGGUGCCCGAGCAGCCUUAAUCCUCUCCUGUGCAUCUGGAAGUGUCUUCUUCCUGCUUAUGUCCCUCUCCACCAGCAUCCCCCUCCUCUUCCUCUCCAGGCUGCCAGGAGUGUUCAUGCAUGGGAUCCCAGGUGCUCAGAAGGUUAUUACAGAUAUGACUACUCCUUCCCAGCGUGCUGGUGCUUUGGGGAAGCUGGGCCUUUGCUUUGGAGUGGGCAUCAUUGCUGGUUCUGCCCUGGGAGGUGUUCUCUCCACCAAACUCGGCAUUUAUUCUCCUACGUAUGUUGGGCUGGUGGGAAGUCUCAUCAACACCCUGAUAGCAAUGGUUUGGAUCCCUUCGCAGACUAAACCAAAGUCAGACCAUCAUGUGCCAGAGAACAGAACAUCUGGCAGCUUGUUUAGCAUCAGAGAAAUCCUGCGCCUGAUGAAGUUUCCAGGAGUAAUGGAAGUUUUCAUAGUCAAGGUCUUUGCUGGACUUCCCAUAGGUUUGUUCAUGAUUAUGUUUUCCAUCAUCUCAAUGGAUUUCUUUGGCUUGGAAGCAGUGGAGUCUGGAUAUCUGAUGUCAUAUUUUGGUGUCCUUCAAAUGGUUGUCCAGGGUUUGGUUGUUGGGAAACUCGCUAGUCACUGCACAGAGAUGACCCUGCUCAGACUCAGCGUCCUCGUCUUUGCCGGCGUGGGCCUAGGCAUGGCCCUGAUGAGGACCGUGUGGCACUACUGCAUCAUUGCGGUGCCGCUGGUGUUUGCCUUCAGCAUGCUGGCCACCAUCACCGACAGCAUCCUCACCAAGGCUGUGCCCUCCUCUGACACAGGUGCCAUGCUUGGGAUUUGCGCCUCAGUGCAGCCCUUGACCCGGACGGUGGGUCCAACCAUUGGUGGAGUUUUAUAUAAACAAUUUGGAGUCUCCUCCUUCGGAUAUUUACAGCUAAUGGUCAAUUUAGGUUUGUUUGUUUACCUCUUAAGGAGUAAAAUCCCACUGGGAGAGAUGAAAAGCCAAUAAUACAGUUUCAAGAAAGUAACCCCCUUAUUUUUUCCAUAGAAAUGAAUUCUUGAAUUUUAUUUUUGAUUCCGUAAACCUAGAAUAAAAUAAUUUGAACAAUC